AUGAUCAAGGAGGAGAUUCCACUUACCGAGCGCUCCGUGGAUUCGCGAGUAGAGAGAGAGUGGCGGAAGAGAGAAGAGACACAUUCGUUUAUACGUGAGGGAGAUAUUAGAGGGAGAGAUGAUGAUAAGAAGACGAUCAUAGAAUUCUUAUUGGAUUCAAACGUGAAUGAGAAUGUUUCCAUCCUUCCGAUAGUUGGUAUUGGUGGGCUUGGAAAAACAGCUCUUGCUCAAUGUGUGUAUAAUGAUGAGAUGGUCAGUAAACAAUUUAACUUGAAAAUGUGGGUUUGUGUCUCUAAUGAAUUUGACACGAAAAAUAUAGUGAAAAAUAUCAUUGCUUGUGCAAAGGAGAAAGAACCAACCGAGGUUUCGAUGGAACGGUUGCAAAGUGAACUGAGGACCACAAUUGAUGGAAAGAGAUAUCUCUUAGUUUUAGAUGAUUUGUGGAAUGAGGAAGGAGAAAGAUGGUCAAGCCUGAAAACUUUAUUGGUUGGAGGAGCUAAAGGAAGCAAGAUCCUUAUAACUACACGCCUUCCUUCGGUUGCGAAGAUCACCGGCACUGCUCCGCCUCAUCUUCUUGGGGGCUUAUCCGAAAGUAUGUCUUUUGAUUUACUAAUGCACAUGGCUUGUUGUAAAGAAGAGGAAUUACAAGAUCCUGACAUGCGAGCUAUUGGUAAAGAUAUAGUUAGAAAGUGCUCUGGGGUUCCGUUGGUUGUUCGAACUGUUGGGAGUUUACUCUCUAAGAAAAGUAAGCACGAAUGGUUGAAAUUCAAAGAAAAUGAGCUCCCAGAUGUGUCUCAAAGGGAAGACAACAUAAAAUUAGUUCUUAAGCUUAGUUAUGACCAUCUUCCUUCACAUUUGAAACAAUGUUUCGUGUUUUGUUCAUUGUUUCCCAAAGAUUAUGAGAUAAAGAAGCGGACUUUGGUCAAUCUUUGGAUGGCAGGAGGAUUUAUCCAGCCAUCAAAUAGAAGUCAGCAUUUAGAAGACAUUGCUCAUGGAUAUUUCAUGGAUCUACUUUGGAGCAACUUCUUCCAAGAUUUUAAAAAAGAACCUUUCACGAACGAGGGGACUUGCAAGAUGCACGAUUUGAUGCAUGAUCUAGCUUGCUUAGUUGCGGGGACCGAGUAUUGGGUGGCAUUGGACGACACAAAAUCCAUACAUGAAAGAGCUCGUCAUUUAUCUCCUCGUUUAAAUUCCAAUAUUAUGGGUGAACUUCCAAUCUCACGCUUGAAAGCAAGUCCCCGAGAACAUUUCUGUCUGUCGCUAGAUAUCGGGAAAUUGGAUCAAGAGGACCAACAAGUGAAGCAGAUCUACGCCUACUCAUUCAAAGUUUCAAAAAGUUACGCAUAUUGGGUCUGUAUUACACAUAUGUCGGGAAGGUGCCAAGGUCCAUUGGUAAGUUGAAGCAUCUCACGUAUCUCGAUCUCUCUUACAAUUUAGAACUCGAAAGGCUUCCUAACUCCAUUACGAGAUUGCAGAAUUUGCAGACACUUAAUCUCAAGGGUUGUCAAUUCCUUAAAGAAUUGCCGAAGGAUAUAAGGAAGUUAGUCAACCUUCGAAAUCUAGACAUAGAUGGUUGUCGUGAACUUGGAUAUAUGCCACGCGGACUAGGGCAAUUGAGUUCUCUGCAUAGGCUAACACGCUUCAUUUUGCCCAAAGAUAAAGCUCUUGCUAAGGAUUGUUGUGAACUUGAGGAGCUAAAUGGACUUAAUGACAUCCGAGGAAGCCUUAGCAUUGAAAAUUUGGGAAGCGUGACGGAUG